AUGCAAGUGACACUCUUCGAUAACGGCGAACUUUUCACUGUUUUCUUCUCAACAACUCCUUCAACAUUACCGAUUACCAUGUCUGAUGAGUCUGAAGACGAUACGAAGGACUAUGUUGUGAUCCCCCGUCCUGGUACCAAUGUCAAGGACCACGGCGAACCGCCACAUGUUGUCCAGGAGAUCAAAACAUGGCUAUCUCCAACCGAUACGGCUUCGCCAGCGAGCGAGUAUCGUAAGCAUCUCAACUCCCAUGCGACUGGCACGGGAGAAUGGAUUCUAGAGACCGACCAAUUCUGUCGAUGGAGCGAGACCGACGAAAUCGGCGACCUCUGGAUCAGGGGCAUUCCAGGAAGUGGCAAGUCAGUAGUCGCGGCCAGUAUGGUCAGAAGGUUGCAACAACGAGGAGACGCACCGGUCUUAUUCUUCUUUUUCCGAGAGAUCAUCGAGGCAAAUCGAACGCCACAGUCACUGGCACGCGAUUUCUGCCACGGGCUGUUGGGUCAUUCUCCCACGCUUCAGUCGAUGUUAGAGAAAUUGAAAAGCAAAAAUCGGGACGUGCAGGCGGUCCCAUUCAGUGAGCUCUGGAAAUGCCUUUCCUUGGCUCUGGCUGCCAUGCCCAAAGUCUACUGCGUCGUGGACGCUCUAGAUGAAAUGGAGUCGGGCCACGAUCAAUUUUUGCAGGACCUCCUCAACCUGGGGCGAAAGUCACCGAGUUCGAUCAAGUUGCUCUUGACCAGUCGUCAGUUGCCACAUUUGGAAAGACAUCUUGGAGGCUCGUGUCUUCUUGAUCUUCGGCUGGAUCGCCGGAACGUAGACAGAGAUAUUGCCACAUACAUCACCCAGAGGCUGGAAUCCGAGGUCAACUUGACUGAAGAGGAAGCAGAAGAAAUCAAAAAGGCAAUAUGCGACCGAGGAAAGGGUCUGUUCUUAUAUGCACGCCUUGUCACCGAUCAGCUACUUCUCCACCCGACGACCAUUGUGUCCCAAUUGAACCAACUACCAGAUGGUUUAGGAAGCAUGUAUACGAAUGUCUUGCGUGAUCAUGCUACUCGGUCUCAAACCACAGCGGAAUUCCAGCGGUUGGUUUUGGAAUACAUUGUAUACUCAGCGCGACCGCUGCGUUUGCUGGAACUUUCAACCAUGAUCGACUCAUUGCCCGAUCGCGGUGGCCUCUCCAUGGACCAAACUGCCAAACUUGCCAUCCGUAGCACAUGUGGCCCUCUGUUGGAAGUCUGCGAGGAUGGGGUGAUACAGAUCAUUCAUCACUCACUGACCGAGUUCCUACUUAACCGCGACGUGAGCCACAUCCAGCAAGCAGCAACUGAGAGAGAAUUUGCUGUCCUUGAUCCCCAGGUUGCCCAUGAGCAUAUUGCGCGCGGUUGUGUGAAUUAUGUUACUUUUUGCUGCAUCAGCGAAUUGAACCAACUCACUAAGAAAACAUUCCCUGACCCCAGAACCCUGUGGCAACGAUACCCUUUUCUUCAAUAUGCGGCAAAAAACUGGCCAUACCAUGCUGCUAAGUUCAAUCCAACAGAAGACUUUUUAUCUUUUCUGGAUGCAUUCUUCGAUCAAUCUGCCACUUUCAAAUCGUGGCAAACGCUGUGCAUUUACCUAAAACCAGUUGAAUAUAACGACUCGACUCCUUUCCAUGUGGCGUCACACAGUGGUCUACAUUCUUAUGUCGAGCAUUUACUUGCGAACGGGGCAGAUACUGAAGCCCUUGAUGGAUAUAAUCGAACGCCUCUUACCCAUGCCGCUAUGCAGGGACAUGCUGGAAUUGUGCAGACACUCCUCAACCACAAAGCUCGUUAUGACUUGGUUGAUGAUGAUAUGAUGGCUCCCAUACAUUACGCUGCAAAGCAGAACUACUCAGAGGUCGUGCGUGUUUUAUUGGCCAUGGGAGCACAUCCUUGUGCUCCGGUACAGGCAAAGACGCCAAUGAAAUCAGGCGCUUACAGGGGAACGUAUGGCAACCACGAAAAAGGAGAAACACCUCUCUCAUACGCAUGCCGACUGGGUCACUUUCAGACCUUUGAGGAGUUACAGGGUUAUGUUGACCCGUCGACAUUGCGCCAAGGAUUCCUUCAUCUUGCGGCUCGACACAAUCAGCCCCAUAUAGUUGGUCUUCUUUUGAACCACAAAGAAGUGCGCCGCGGCAUUGAUGAUUACGAUGACACAGGAAGCACAGCCUUGUAUACUGCUGCUAAAUAUCAAAAUGCCGAGGCAGUUCAAGAGUUAUUAGAGAAUGGGGCCGACUUCAACAUUCGAUCCCUAGACAAGUGCUUAAAACGCGAUAAAUCUAGCCUACCACAGGAAAUGGACAUACAGCAGAUUGGUUUUACACCCGUCCACGGUUGGGCGCAACUCUGUGAAAACGACCAUAGGAGAGGGGCCAACUGUAAUAGAAAGCGUGAGGUGCUAGAACUUCUCGUCAAGGCAGGCUGCGAUGUCAAUGCUACUGACCACAAAGGACGGACGGCACUUUCUGCGUGGGCUGAGUUCCACAGUGACAACAUUAACAAAAAGACCGCGGCCUUUGUUUCUGCGCUUCUUGAAAACGGCGCUGAUCCUUCGCUAGAGAACCUACAUGGAGGAACCGCGCUUCAUGGGAUUAAAUGGAAUACCCAGCUGGAGGAGUCCCUGAAUUUGUUUGUGCAGGCUGGAGCUGAUAUUAAUGUCGUCAGGAAAACCGAUGGGAUGACACCGCUUCACAUAGCUGCCAAAGAGCGAUUUGCGUUAGAUCCGAUGAUCUUUGCGCGACUCAAAGCCGAUUUCACGAAGCAGGACCUACAUGGCAACACCCCUGUACACUAUGUUUGUCAGAAUUGGUGCAGACCACACGUGGUGAAACACGAGGAGUCGUGGGUCUCCUUGAGUGACUUGAGCAUCCGGAAUCAUGCCGGACGGGCAGCGUUUUCCGAGUUUCUCGAGCAUUUUUCGGGGCAGGGUCAACACGAAGACCUGGGCCUUUUCCUGAAACAUGGAGCAAAUUUAGAGUCUCGGGACCAUCGUGGUCGCACGGCUCUGCUCACGUUGCUCUCUAGCGUAACUAGCCGUCGACGGGAAUACAUACCUGACCUCUUGCGGCUCGGUGCGGAUGUAAAGGCGAAAGACUUUCAAGGAAAAUCAGGUAUGAUGUAUCCAAUUCCCAGUGGUCGCCAAAAGUUAACGAAGAUAGUCUUACAUUACGUCGCAAGCAGUAACAGCAUUGAUGGACGUGUCGAAGACAGAAUUUCGCUUCUGAAGAUGCUUAUUGAUGCGGGAGCCGAUAUCCACAGUCUUGACCAUGACGGUAAUUCGGUCUUUCACGAUACUACACUCUCCUUUUGGCGAGCGGCAAGGUUUAACAUAGAGGCUCUCAUUGAAUUAAAUGCACCUCUAAAUCUGCGCAAUCAUCAGGGAAGAACUGCCCUUCACCUUGCUGCUGCAAAUCCUAACACCGGAGCAAGGAACACCACAAAGCAAGGGUUGGUAACAUGGCUCGAGUUCCUGCUGCAUCCCGAGCUGGGCUUUGAUGUCAAUGCGCGAGACUAUGAGGGCAUUACUUCUCUACACCUUGCAGCUGCCACUUCCGACUUUAAUACCCUGCAACUGAUAGACAAGGGCGCAGACAUCCACGUAAAGACCAACCAGGGACGAACAGCUCUUCAUGACGCUGCAGAAGCAAGACACUCAAAUACCGUAGGCCUCUUGAUUGAGGCCUACGCGGCCCAGCUCUUAACCGUGGAUGAUUUAAGCAUGAAGGGUCGAACAGCGCUGCAUGAGGCUGCUAGAUCUGGGAGAUACGAAUCAGUUAAGCUUUUACUUGAUGCCGGAGCGCGACCCGAUGUCUGUGAUAGACACGGAAGAACACCGUUGCAUGCCGCUGCCGAAUUCGAAAAACUCUCAACUCCGAGCAGGAGGAGGAAGGUAUAUGAGUCUACGGAAACGCAUGCUCGAAAGCGCCCGGACGACAAGAUCGAGAAGCUCGAAGAUGUCGGGCUUGUGAUAAGCAGCGAAGAAGACUCUCUAUCAGCUCGAGAGAUUGUACAGCUUCUCCUUGCUGCUGGUGUCGAUCCUGCCCAGCGAGACAAUGAUAGCCGUACAGCGUUGGACACAGCAUUAUUUCUUGGCUCAUUUGAUGUUGUGGAUGAGUUAACAGCAUUCAUGGCUCGGACAAACAGUUCGACUGAUGAUAGCCAAGGAUUGUUGGCUGCAGACCCCAUUGGAGAAGCUUUAUUGAUCUCUUCUCGUGAGCGCUUGUCUAAAGUUCUCGACACAAUGCCAGGGGAUAAUCAGGCUGUUCUAAAGCGCGUGAUUUCGACUGGAAAUGUGAGGCUAAUGGAGGAGUUCCUGCGCUCAUCCGAUGUUAAUUUGACUGAAAAUGAUAGAACGUCAGCUCUUCAUUUUACUGCGCAAUGGGGUUGCUUGUCGAUGGCACGGUCUUUGUUGCCACACAUCCAGAAUUUGCACUGCGUUCUGCCGUCGCUUCUUGACAGUGCUACUCAGCGACAUCUGUGCAACAUUGAAAUGAUGAAGCUGCUGAUACAGAGUUCUGUGAGCAUUAGUUGUGACAAAAAUUGCAUCAUUUCUGAAGGAAACUGCAAGAGGUUUGACUGCUCCGUUGCCCUGCAUAGACUCGCCACGGGUAAAGAGUGGUGGUACCCUCGAGCGCUUGCCAUAUUACUCGAGACAGGGGCAGACAUUGAGCUCCUUAACCAAGGCAAAACCCCAUUACAGACUGCAUUACGGGCCGGAAGACCCGAUGCGUAUGAAAUCGGUCCCUGGUGUGAUGAGGCCUUUGACAUAUUGGUCAAGUUUGGGGCAGACGUCAAUGCUCCUUCAGCUAAAAGUCCAACGUCACCACUCGAGGACGCCUUAGAGUGCAAAAGAGACAUAUCACUUGUUCAAAUCCUCUUGGAUCACGGUGCAUCAAUCACAGACAAGCCCGUGGUAGCUUCCGCGAUAAGGGCUCAGAAUACCGCGGCGUUAGAGCUACUGCUGAAAGCGGGAGCUGAUCCUAACGUCAUGUACACAACCAAUGAGUUCUAUCAAUCGAACAAGCCCGAGACGCCACUCAAGCAGGCCUCUGGGAAGAAUGAGGCACUCAUGGAGAUUCUACUUACGUACGGCGCAAACCCGCAUCAGCCCCUUCACGACGGGACAUCGUCCGUCCUGCACGAGAUCUGCUCUUUGAAUGCCCGGGUAAACCCCAUUAUCAAAGCGGGCCAUAACAUCGAAACAAGAGACCACAAGGGCCAAACGCCUCUUUUACGAGCCUGCGUCGUUGAAAGGUACGAAUUUCGUCUCGCCAGAAGUGCACGGCACGGAGAGGGUUCCGCGAUUGAGCUAAUUCGCGCUGGUGCCGACAUCAACGCCGUCGACAAUUCAGGAUCAACAGCUCUUCACUAUGCCAUCUGCUACGACUUGUAUAACAUCGCCGCAGAGCUUUUGAAUCGCGGCGCUUCCCCCACAGCACGCAAUAACCAUGGCCUAACGCCUCUUCAUUCUGCCUUGACUGGCCUAACCAAUCUUUCCGAACCCCAGGAGGAGGACUACCACAUGCCUUCUAUUGAGCUGGUCCGAAGGCUACUCGCCGAGGGAGCGGAUCCACUCGAUCAUCUCCUGGACGGCAGAACAGCGUUACAUUGCAUAAUCCCAGCAUUGAUGCAACACGGCGAGGAAGACAGAUCAGCCAGAAAAGCCCUCGGCAAGGAGAACGAGAGCGAUGCUUUAUUCCUCGAGUACAAAGCACUCUACCAGACCUUCAUCGACGCAGGAUGCAGCCGCGAAGCUCGCGACAACGAAGGUAAUACCCCCAUAUUCGCAUAUGUCAGCAGAAUAAAAUGUUAUCAUACCGACGUGGAGGAUCGCAUUGCACCUGAUCUUGAUGACAUGCGGGAUAUCUUCGCAGCGCAUGAUAUCCAUGCUGUGAACAAUGCUGGAGAUACUUUGCUGCAUGCGAUUGCCAGUCGAGAAGAAGAUUGGGGAGAUCUUCAAGACCACGAUGUCAUGAUUUUCAAAUUGCUGGUUGAGUUAGGGCUGGAUCCGACGACGGAGAAUAAGGAUGGAGCUACGCCGUUGGAUGUAGCUGAUGCUUGGGGACGGGAUGAGAUUUUGGCAUUAUUUGCUCGGGAUGAUUGA